GUCAUGGAUUAUUAAAAAAUAGAAAACAAUGUAAAUUUUGCUUCAUUUUCGAGCUCAUACGAUGCUCGUGGAUUCAUUUUGCUCCAACUUGAAAUAUCAAACUAUGUUUCAUAAUAUAGAUAGAGUUAGCCAGCAUGCUGCGGCCAUGGAUUAUUCAAGCAAAUCUAACAGAAUACAAUCACUUGAAAACUUUCCCUCAGCCCCAGUUAACCCAAUCCAGCUUGCAAUUCAUGGAUUUUAUUUCACUGGUGUUGAAGACUGUGUGGUUUGCUUCAGUUGUGAGAACAGCGUUCGUAAUUGGAAGCUUGGUGACAAAGAGGGAGACAAGAAAUGGCACAAACCAGAUUGUGUGUUUUUCAACUCAUUGUCGCAAACUGCUCCCAUGGAAGUAUCCACUACAACAGCUAACUUAUCCACCAAUGCAAGUACUCCCAUGGAAAGUUUAUCUAAUGAACCUUCUGUGUCUGGUUUAUUUCACAAUAGAAAUAUAAACACAUCACAACAACCUAAUCAAAAUGAAGCCCUUUUGAUUGACAUUGGAAAUAAUGAGGGAACUACAAAUGCAAACCCAGUAAAUGACACCAACAUUUCAACACCAAAUCAUCAAGAUAUGAAUCAUUUUGUCAACACCAAUCCCACUGAGUUCACAAGCUUUUUGGAAUAUUUGGAUUUAAGCAAAGAAGUCGACAGAAAGUAAGUCUGAACGAAUAAUGUUUGUUUGUUGUGUUGCUAUGCACUACUUAUCUCUGUUUAUUUAAAGCCACUGUGUUUCAAUUUGUCCUUUAUUCAUCGCUUUGAAUUAAGUGUUUUAAACAAUAAAGAGAAUACAAAAAAUAAUCAAAAA